AUGCCUAAGAGUUCAACAAAACGCAAACAUGAGGAAUACUUCGAAGCUGAGCGGAUCGCCGACGAGAAGAAAAUCGGAUCUGAACUUUUUUACCUAGUUAAAUGGAAAGGUUUGGACUCCUCAGGGCAACCAUGGAAACCGACGUGGGAGCCUGCAAAGCAUUGCACAAAACUACUAGUUACAGACUGGGAGCGCUACAAGAAGAGAAAGCCUCUGGCAAACGGUCGAAUUUCGGAAUCGACGCGGGCAAGUCGCGCAUCGCAUCCGCCACUGUCCCUUGUACAGGCGUCAACUGACAGAAUGCCGCAGGUAGCUGACGUCGAGAAUAACAAGACGCCUAAGCGGGGGAAAAAAUUCUCACAUAAUACAUUGGAUUAUCCUAGCGAACAGGAAGUGCGGCCCGCGGGCAGGCGUUUACGGCCAUUAGGAAUGCGUCGCCUUUCAUCAAAUUCUCGUGAAUAUCCGGCAAGUCCGCGUCCGGGUUCGCCUCAGAACGUCAUAGCCACUGACACGUCCCAGCAUAAUCGUAAUGACACAGAUACAUCUUCUUGUGGCGAUUAUGAUGAAGAAGUAUUGUGCGACUCAAAUAGCAUUGCGAAAUUUUUUCCAGAAAGUAACUCCAGUCCGUCAAUGGUUACAGAUUCAGGCGCUGAUGAGUCAAAUCUGCCAAUAGAGAACGUGGAUACGCCAAUUGCAGAGAGUACUAAUAUGGAUACGCCUGAGGACAUAAAAAAGGUGAUCGAGCUUGGUUCGGAUGACGAAACACCCGAGACGGUGGUUGACGAACCUUCAGGUUCAACUGCGGAUACGCGCACGGACGAGCUUGACGAGACAAUAAAUCCGGUUCCUUCGGAUAACGCAAGCGAAGAAAUUCGAUUGAAGUCGAACAUACAAGAACUUCAAGAUUUACUCGAGAAGAAAGACGAUAGGCUUGAAAAAGCUGAGAGUAACAUAAGAGAAUUAACAAGGAAACUAAAACGGGCGGAGCUUGACAUGCAAGAGUUGCGAUGUGAAAAGUAUUUACUUCAGGAUGAAGUUGAUUCGCUGAAGCAAACUACGCAACUGCUGCAGGAUCAGAAUCGUGCCUUUGAUGAUGUACGUCGAUAUUUGUGGGCAUGUCAAGCGAGCAAGUCUCAUAAAACAGAUACAGGGGAAUCGGAUGCAACAUCUUUACAAUUACAACCGAAUGGAAAUGUCGACAAUGCGUUUGCUGAGGCCUUCAUGUGUGAAUGGGAAAAUUGUGGAAAAGCCUACGAGUCCAAACGUGAACUCAAAGCACAUCUUUUCGCUGAUCAUCUUUAUGUGGGAAUCGUCUAUAUUGAUAGACCUUCUGUAUUGAAAUAG